AUGGAUCCGCUCAACCACACGUGGACCCAGAGUUUCAUCCUCUCUGGUUUCAGUGUCCCCGGAACCCUGCGACCUCUUGCCUUCUUGGGGACCCUGUGCCUCUAUCUCCUCACACUGUCCGGGAACCUGUUCAUCGUUGUCCUGGUCCAGGUGGAUGCCGGACUGUCCACGCCCAUGUACUUCUUCAUCGGUGUCCUCUCCUUCCUGGAGCUCGGGUACGUCAGCGCCACGGUGCCCACGCUGCUGCACACGUGGCUCCAUGGGCGCUCAGCCAUCUCGGCAGCGGUGUGCUUCAUCCAGCUGUACGUCUUCCACUCCCUGGGCAUGACCGAGUGCCAUCUGCUGGGCGUCAUGGCGCUGGACCGCUACCUGGCCAUCUGCCGCCCGCUCCACUACCGGGCACUCAUGACCAGAAAGGUCCGGUUCUGGCUGGCAGGGACCGCUUGGGUGGCUGGCUUCUCAGCAGCACUGGUGCCAGCCAGCCUCACGGCCAGCCUGCCCUUCUGUCUGAAAGAGGUGGCCCACUACUUCUGUGACCUGGCACCGCUGAUGCGGUUGGCGUGUGUGGACGCAGGCUGGCACGCUCGAGUGCACGGGGCGGUGAUUGGUGUGGCCACUGGCUGCAACUUCGUGCUCAUUUGGGGACUCUACGGGGGCAUCCUGAGGGCCGUGCUGAAGCUGCCCUCGGCUGCCAGCCGGGUCAAGGCCUUCUCCACCUGCUCCUCCCACAUGAUCGUGGUGGCCCUCUUUUAUGCCUCCGCCUUCACGGUCUAUGUGGGGCCACCUGGGAACCGCUCUGAGGGCACAGACAAGUGUAUCGCCUUGGUGUAUGCCCUUCUCACUCCUCUCCUCAACCCCAUCGUCUAUACCCUUCGCAACAAGGAAGUGAGGGAGGCCGUGAAGAGGGUCACUGUCAGGGUCAGGACUAUUCUGAAGGGACCCUGA